GUUUCCCAAGAUGGCGGCCGAUGUGUCCGUUCCUCACCGGCCCCCGCUGAGUCCGGAGGCUGGGGCCGAAGUUGAAGCUGACGAUGCCACCGAGCGCCGGGCGCCCGAGGAAGAGCUGCCGCUGCUAGACCCAGAGGAGAUCCGGAAGCGACUGGGACACACCGAGCGUCAGUUCCGUAACCGCCGCAAGAUUCUGAUCCGGGGCCUCCCGGGGGACGUGACCAACCAGGAAGUGCACGAUCUGCUCAGCGACUAUGAGCUCAAGUACUGUUUUGUGGACAAAUACAAAGGGACAGCCUUUGUGACCCUGUUGAAUGGGGAGCAGGCCGAGGCAGCCAUUAGCACCUUCCACCAGAGCCGCCUGCGGGACCGCGAGCUGUCGGUGCAGCUGCAGCCCACAGACGCCCUGCUGUGUGUGGCCAACCUGCCCCCGAGCCUGACACAACAGCAGUUCGAGGAGCUGGUGCGGCCCUUCGGCAGCUUGGAGCGCUGCUUCCUGGUCUACAGUGAGCGCACUGGCCACUCCAAGGGCUACGGCUUUGCCGAGUACAUGAAGAAGGACUCGGCUGCCCGCGCCAAGUCGGACCUGCUGGGCAAGCCGCUGGGCCCACGCACCCUCUACGUUCAUUGGACAGACGCCGGGCAGCUGACGCCUGCCCUGCUCCACUCCCACUGCCUCUGUGUCGACCGCCUGCCAGCUGGCUUCAAUGAUGUGGAUGCCCUGCACCAGGCGCUCUCAGCUGUCCACACACCCACCUUCUGCCAGCUGGCGUAUGGCCAGGAUGGGCAACUGAAAGGCUUCGCCGUGCUAGAGUACGAGACAGCGGCCAUGGCAGAAGAGGCGCAGCAGCAGGCAGAUGGCCUGGCCCUGGGGGGCAGCAACCUGCGUGUCUCCUUCUGCGCCCCAGGGCCCCCUGGCCGCAGCAUGCUAGCGGCACUCAUCGCCGCCCAGGCCACCGCACUCAAUCGAGGCAAAGGACUCCUGCCUGAGCCUAACAUCCUGCAGCUGCUCAACAACCUGGGGCCUUCUGCCUCUCUCCAGCUGCUGCUCAACCCCCUGCUCCACAGCAACGCAGGGGGCAAGCAAGGCCUGCUGGGCGCCCCCCCAGCCAUGCCGCUACUCAGUGGGCCCGCCUUGUCCACGGCGCUGCUGCAGCUCGCCCUGCAGACCCAGAGUCAGAAGAAGCCUGGGAUCCUGGGAGACUCUCCUCUGGGCACCCUCCAGCCUGGGGCCCAGCCCGCCAACCCCCUCCUUGGGGAGCUGUGUGCAGGCGGGGGUCUGCCCCCGGAGCUGCCCCCCCCGCGAGGGAAGCCACCACCCCUGCUGCCGCCAUUGCUUGGCCCCUCCGGUGGUGACCGGGAAGCAAUGGGCCUGGGUCCCCCAGCCGCCCGGCUCACUCCACCCCCUGCCCCUGUGGGGCUCCGAGGCCCCAGCCUCAGAGGCCUCCAGAAGGACAGUGGGCCUCUGCCAACACCCAGUGGGGUAUCGCUGCUAGGGGAGCCCCCCAAGGACUUCCGGAUACCCCUGAAUCCCUACCUGAACCUGCACAGCCUGCUCCCAGCCAGCAACCUGGCGGGUAAGGAGGUCCGGGGCUGGGGAGGCUCCGGGAGAAGCCGCCGCCCAGCUGAGGGCCCCCUGCCUGACCCCCCAGCCCCUGGAGGUGGUGGUGGCAGCAGAGCCUUCCAGCUCAAGUCCCGCCUGCUCAGCCCCCUCGCCAGCGCCCGUCUGCCCCCCGAACCAGGGCUACCCGACAGCUAUGGCUUCGAUUUCCCCUCGGACAUGGGACCUCAGCGGCUCCUCUCCCAGUCACGGGAGCCAGCCCUUGGGCCUCACGGACCCAGCCGGCACAGAAUGUCACCCCCACCCAGUGGCUUUGGCGAACGGAGUGGCGGGGGCAGCGGUGGGUCCCUCUCCCACUUCUAUUCAGGCUCACCCACUUCCUACUUCACCAGCGGCCUGCAGGCUGGCCUCAAGCAGAGCCACCUUAAGGUGGUUGGCUCCUCUCCACUGGGCUCCGGAGAAGGGCUCCUGGGCCUCAGCCCUGGACCCAACGGCCACAGCCACCUGCUGAAGACCCCACUGGGUGGCCAGAAACGCAGCUUUGCCCACCUGCUGCCCUCACCCGAACCCAGCCCAGAAGGCAGCUACGUGGGCCAGCACUCCCAGGGCCUUGGUGGCCACUACGCAGAUUCCUACCUAAAGCGCAAGAGGAUUUUCUAAGGGGCCAGUGCCAGAGAUGCUCAAGGGCCUGCACCAAAUUGCUUUUGGGUGUUCUGGUGUUUUGUGUUUUUGUGUUUUUUCCCCUUUUGGUAAUAGAAAAAUCUGAAAGACUUUGCUGACCAACCAGCCGGAGCCCCAGGAGCCCAAGGAGUGUGGGGCAUUGGGGGGCCACUCUGCUCCUCUGGCCUGCUCCCGGCAGCAUGGAAACCCUGCAGCCUUAAGAGAAGGGCCCGGCCUGCUCUCUCUCCCCUCACCUGUGUCCGUCUGUAGGAGCCCUCUCCUGCCUCCUCACUCCUGUAUCCUGGCCUUUGGAGUGCCUUCGAGGUUUCCUUGACCUCCCGUGAAGAUCAGAGACUGUCCCCCUUUUUUAACUUUGACAAUUGACUUGUUCCCUUUUCUAAUUUUUAUUAUUUUUUAAAUGAUCCAGGAUGACCCCCAGCUCUGAUUCCAAGGUCCAGUAUAUCUGGGCCUCCAUUCCACACUUUUUGGGUUGAAAUGGCUCAAGUCCUGUCUUCCCAUGUCUGCUGCAGGCAUGGCUGUCCCUUCCCACCCUGGCCUGUACUCCAGCUCCGGGUCCCUGGCUCCCUGCCAUAAUCCCCUCACUUCCUGAUGCCUUAAAGCCAGGCCCCAGGCCCCACUGGCCAGAGCCUCUCAGAUGCCGAGCUCUGGAAGCUUGACUCAGGACCAAAUGGCUCUGGCUUGGGGAUUAAUGGGCCCUUCACCCAGGGUCCCCACCCUGGUGACAGCAGAAGGCCAAAGCUUGGUCUUGGCAAACCAACUCCACCAUCACCCUGCCCAGGUCUAGGUGCAGAGAUAGGCUUUCUCUGCUGGCUUAGACCAGUCCCCCUGCUGUCCCACUGUUCUGGGAGUUGGGUAUUGUGCAUCUCACUCAGCCUCUGCUCUCUCCCCACAGUGUUGAAUAUAAGCACCAGUUCUCCAUCCCCCCAGCCAUGUCUUCUGGAGCUGGCCUCCUGGCCUCCCUUUGUUCCAGUGCCAGAAUCCAUCAACUCCAUGCAGGAAGUUCUGCCCCUGUGCACCAGCAGGACCUGUCAGCCUGAGCUGACCCUAGGCCCUGCCCCUGGCCAGCUGAGCCACCAGCUUCCCUUCCCUGAUUCUGGGGGGUUCCAUAUUCACUCCAGGGGGGUGUCCUCUCCCCAACCUUCUCACACAGACCUUUGCUGAAUUAAAGUUUGUUAAGUAAAUGGUUUUAAAAAAA